GCCCGGGCAGCAGCUGCUGGGGGCGGGGCCGGAGCAUCCCCUGCAAACCGGGCCUGAUGGGGGGUUCGCAGCCCGGGCAUCUCGCAGGGGGGGUCUGUGCAACCCCCCCCCCCUUCGGGCUCUGGCGCGUGGAGCUUGUGGGGCGGGACAUUGAUGCAUGAAAUUGCAGGGGGGCAAAGUCUGCGCCUGGGCGGGGAGAUCGCGCAGCUGGUUGCGGGGCCCAGGGGCAAAGCCAGGGGCAGGCAGCGGGGUCGAGAACAGAGUCUGGGCACGGCGCAAACAAAACUACCCCCGUGGGGGGAGCGUUUGCACGGCUGCAGAACACCCAGGUCUUACUCCAGCGCAGCCCAUGGCCUGCAGAACCAGGGAAAGGAAAUGGCUGUGGCAGAGACGGUGACCUUCGAGGAGGUAGCUGUGUAUUUCUCUGAGGAGGAAUGGGCUCUACUGGACCCGGACCAGAGAGCCCUCUACUGGGAUGUGAUGCAGGAGAAUUAUGAGGCUGUGAGCUGGCUGGUAGGUGAUGGGACGCUGAGUGAGAACAAUGAGAAGAGUCUUCUGCAGGAGCAAAUGCCUCCACGUGGGCUGUUAUUGGAAAGAUCUGAAGGGCAAGUUUCCCAGAGACCUGAGCAGGGCAAGACCUGUGAGAAUCAGUGUAGCCAAGAAAGGGAAACUGUCCAGGGAAACUGUCCAGUGGAGGGACAAGAUAAAUCCAGUCACAGAAGCAGGGGAGUGAAAAGAAACACAGAAACUGUUCAACAGAAAAUCUCCCAUCCAGAGACACCCUACACUUGCAGUGACUGUGGGAAAGUCUUCCAACGGAGACAGGCCUUUAAUUUACACCAGAGAAUCCACACAGGAGAGAAGCCAUUUAACUGCUCUGACUGUGGGAAAAGUUUCUGUCAUCAUUCAAACCUGGUUACACAUAAGAGAAUCCACACAGGAGAGAAACCCUUUAACUGCUCUGACUGUGGGAAGAACUUCAGUCAGAGGACAGACUUUGUUAGACAUAGGAGAAUCCACACCGGAGAGAAGCCGUUCAACUGCUCUGACUGUGGGAAAAGCUUCUCUCGUCGCUCAAACCUGGUUACACAUAGGAGAAUUCACACAGGGGAGAAACCCUUUAAUUGUUCUGACUGUGGGAGAAGCUUCAGUCAGAGGACAGACUUUGUUAGACAUGGGAGAAUCCACACAAGAGAGAAACCUUUCAACUGCUCUCACUGUGGGAAAAGCUUCAGUGGGAAUGGAUACUUAGUUAUACAUCAGAGAACCCACACAGGAGAGAAACCCUUUCACUGUUCUGAUUGUGGGAAAAGCUUCUCUAUGAAUGCACACCUGGUUAUACAUCAGAGAACCCACACAGGAGAGAAACCCUUUCACUGUUCUGAUUGUGGGAAAAGCUUCUCUAUGAAUGCACACCUGGUUAUACAUCAGAGAACCCACACAGGAGAGAAGCCCUACAUCUGCUCUGAGUGUGGGAAAAGCUUCUGUCAACGCGCAAACCUAAUUAAACAUCAGAGAAUCCAUACAGGGGAGAAACCCUUUGACUGCUCUGACUGUGGGAAAAGCUUCAAUCAGCGUUCACAUCUGAUUAGUCAUCAGAGAAUUCACACCGGAGAGAAACCCUACAUCUGCUCUCGCUGUGGCAAAAGCUUCAGUCAGAACGCACACUUGAUUAAACAUCAGAGAAUCCACAUUGACGAGACCCUCUUCAACGGCUCUGACUAUGGACAAAACCCUCAUUGAACAUCAAAUAAUUAAUGUGGGGAGAAAUCCUAUGACCUAAGUUCCCUUUAAGUUGUGUGGUCAUGUGGCCAUGCAGCAGCCUAUUAAAUGCCAUACAGGAGCUUAGGGCUAUGGUCGGGGGGGAGAUACCUGUACACACUAUCUCAGUGCUGGCUCAGACUUGCCAUGGCUGGGGGACAGUCCUGCAGCCCCAACCCCAAAGCUGCUAUGGCAGGGAGAGAUGCCUUUCCCCCCUAUUCCCAGCAGCACUUGAGCUGGGGAAGAGAGAACUCAUGGGAGUCUUCUCCCCUUGCUUCAGUCCUUGAGUGGCCUGCACCUAAAGCCCAUUUUGCCACCUGAGGGCCCUCACUCCCAACUUGACCCCUGCUAUCCAACACUUUGCCCCACCCUUGAGCUCCCUUCCCACAAUCCAAACCUCUGAGCCCCACCCCUACCACAUGAUUUUUGUUCUGUGCACCAAUAUGGAGAUGAUGUGUCACACAUUCCCUCCCUCUUGGUGCCCAUAACAAAAUUCAUUCUGCACAUGUGUGGGAAAAAUUGUAUGGAACACUGUGUAUAGCUGCUCUGUGAGACGCUUCAGUGAACACUCACACUCUAUUGUACAUCAGACAGUUCACACAAGACAAAACCCCUGUAACUGCACUGAUGGCGGGCUUAAGAUCACUUGGAGCUGACACCUCAUUCAACAUCUGUCAGGAGAGAAACGUGACACAUGCAGUGCAAUAAAAAAAAAAUUAGUCAGUGGUCACACAUUCUAUCACAUUAGAGAACCCAAAGAUGAGAAAGAGACUAUGAUUUUCUAAGGACAGGAAAGGCCUCUGUUGGAGGUCAAUCCUUGUUGUCCACUAGAGAAUCCACACAGGAAAGAAUCCUUUAAAUGCGCCAAAUUCAGUGAGAGCACAGCUCUUAAUAAACAGAGAAUCUACAGAGAUGGAAGGUGUGCUGGAAAGCCUGCUAGCGCUGCUUAUCCCUCCUGAGAUGUAAGCACAUCCACUGAAGACGCACACAGGAGAAGUGUGCUGGCUAGGGAUGGGCCAAGAGAAUAUAAUUCUUCCUUCUUCCGACAAAUCUAAGAGUCCAGCAUGCCUACUUUGGCUGUGUAGCGAGGACAUGCAGCAUUAUUAAAACUGGAGAUGAAAUGUUCUUCCAAGAACAGAGCCAUGCAGAGCGAGAGGCUGAGAUAAGAUUCCCACAUUAUGACAGGACUUGAGUAUAAGUUGUUGGGAAAUCUGAAUGUUUUGUGUUCGGUCACUUUACUUACAUUUGAUGUAACACACCUAAGCCCAUCUUUUUCUUGUCUGCCAUGACUUCUCAUUCCUCUCUGAUAGUGGUUUUGUGACACUGACAUGCCCCAUGCUUUUGUUCAUACAAUAUCAGGAAAAUGGCAGUGGAUCAAUAAAGACUGAAUAAUGUGACAAUGUUCCUUAUUAAAUGAA